AUGUCUGAAGAAAAGGAACUUGUUAAGAAACGAGGUAGUUUUAAGGGACGUUUGACGCUAUUCAUCAAUUACCUGGAUGGGUUGCCAGAAUUUGAUGAACAGUUGGACAGUUGUACGGUCAGGGAAUUGCAAUUACGGAUGGGGAAGAUCGAAAGUAUGUAUGAACUUUACAAUGAGGUACAGUUACGUUUAGAAUGUUUAGCUGACGAUAUCAAUUUUCGAUUAACCGAACGAGCUGAGUUCGAAUCUUUGUAUUACAACUCACUGUCUAGGGCACAGGACUUACUAUGUAAGUACAAUAAUGAUAAAGAGUCGGUAAGUAGUGAUAAAAUUACCCGUAUUGGUCAACGUAAGCCUGUUAGGUUGCCCACCAUACAGCUCCCAAAGUUCAACGGGACCUAUAGCAAUUGGUUGGAGUUCCGUGACACUUUUAUCAGCCUUAUUCAUUGUAACGACGAAAUUGACCAAAUUAAUAAAUUCCAUUACUUGCGAGCGUCCUUGGAGGGAUCUGCUGCUGUUGUAAUUCAUGCCGUUGAGUUUUCAGCCGGAAAUUACGACAUAGCUUGGAAAUUGAUAUGUGAUCGUUUUGACAACAAAAGAUUAUUGGUGCAGAAUCAUUUAUCCUCCUUAUUUAAUUUAAACACUAUAGUGAAAGAGUCAUCUUUUGUGUUAAAAGAUUUAAUUGAUCAACUUAAUAAAAAUCUACGUGCAUUGGAGUCACUAGGUGAGCCUGUGAAACACUGGGACACUUUAUUAAUAUAUAUAGUGACUUGUAAAUUACCUCAGCAAACAUUGCGUGAGUGGGAGGAUCAUAAGGGUCGCAUAGAUAAAGAUAAUAAUAACAUUUAG